UCUGGAUGCUACAGGAUAUAGAGCACAUCCCCUUGCUCCAAAUCAGUUUCGCCAUCAUUUGAUGCAUCUUUUCUUGGAGAAGAGAUAUAAGGUUGAGUCCUGUAGGUAAGGCAUAACUGUGUCCUCUAUAUGAAUGUGUAAUGUGUGUGUGAGAAAGAGAAACAGACACAGACAGAAGGGGGAAGGUGGGGAAAGAGCAAGAGCAUUCAAGAGUGUGCAUACACUAAAUAUGUUUACAGUAAACCGGUUAAUCUGAAAGCCAGACUGCCACAGUCAUACAUUGAGUGACCUCCCCUUGCUCUCCUAAAACCGUUCUGUUGAAACCUCUGCUGGCUUCCCAGCAAGUUGGGCAAUAUGUGUAUGUCCCUAAUGCCUUAUCACAGCACUGCCUUGGAGCAAGGCACACUGUAAACAACCAGUGACCCACCCACAUGCAGCCUUGAGCCUGACUCCACUGCUUCAGCUCUUAGGCUCCACAAGCAACAAGUAGCUAGCCCCUGGUCUCCUGCAGAAAAAUGCCGUUCAACUCCUGCCCACUUUGGAAAGCACUGUUUUUUAUAAGUUUAGCAGUGCUUCUUGCAGAUUUUACUACAAUUGCAGCUUUUGCUAAUCCAAAUGAAUGUAAAGGGGCAACAAUAUAUGAUGUCAAUGAGAGUCUUAAGAAAUAUUCAAACUGUUUUGAUGAAAUGAUCCCUGAGGGUAAACAAUCUUCAAUCAAUUUCCUUGUCUGGACACUGCAAGAAAUGCUUGAUCUCCUGCGCCCUGUUCAAGAGAAAUUUUGCAAACAGCUUCCUCCCUGCCCGCUCCCACUACCCCCUAGAAAUGGUGGGCUGGUGUGUGUCAUCAUUGACAAUGCUCAAUACUGCAAACCCAUGUGCAACAAGGGUUAUGACUUCCAAUUCCUCAGAAGGAGUAGACUGUAUGAAGUAUGUAGCAGCAGAACUGGUUUUUCCUGGACAACACAGCUUGCUGGGGGAAAGGCACUGGCUGUUUGUAACCCAUCUGAGAUGGCUGUCAGUGGAGCUGAAUCUGCCUAUUUCCCCACCAACAGCACCUGUCUGCGCACAUUAGCCUUCACUGAAACUCAGACUGAGCAGCUAAACAUGUUCCUCAAAGAGCUUGGAGAGCAAGGCAUUGAUGGCUCCAACCGUGACAAGGAUGACGAUUGUAUCAUCUGUGGUUACUAGCACCAAAAAGCUUGUGCUACAGACCAACCAGCCAUCUGCAAUCUGACAUAGGCAUUUUGACAAGAGAAGCAGAGCAAUGAAAUUGUUGCUAAGACAUGUAAACAUACAGCUUUUAUUUGGUUAAAGAACUAGAGAUCAUAGUCCUAAUUUGGCCUCAGCUCUUGGAUACAGAUAUAUUGGCUAAACCUAACCAUAUAGCUCACGGCAGAUGUGUUUCAAAGAAAGUUCACUUUUAUGGCUUAAGUUUGUCUAUCUGGAAUUAAAUAAGAAAUAGUGUUGUUUCAUGGUUGCAGUCAUUAGUUAAACACAGUAAUUUUUAUCAGAAAUUGUCUUCCGUCAGGUGUUAGUUUUACUUUACUUAUAGUUGCUUUUACAGGUGCCAAUUAAUCACUGUUUUGUUUCUCUGAUGACCAUUAGUGCAAGUCACUGGUCAUAGGUGUACAGUUCUUUAUUCAUGUAUUUGCUUGGCUGGGGGUUAAAUCCGGCUGUACAUACAGCUGUUCAAGGUGCUGUGAUUUGCAUGAACUACAAACUUAAAGCACUGUAGUUUCCUGGUGGGACAACUCUAGGGUUUCUACUGUAUUUAUCCUCUUGAAGAGAUCCCACAGAAAGACAGAGUAUAGGUAUACUGCAGUGCACUUCUAGGAGUCAAGAAGUACCCUGUAUGCUUGCUGUAACCAAGCAAAAUGGCAGGGUAAACUUACUAUCUCAGUUCAGUACAUGUGAGAAGUGGGGUAGCCCUAAACUAGCAGGUAUUUGCAUCAUGUCUCCUCUGCCAAAAAGAUGGAAGUGGUGGGUGUUGAGGGACCUGCAUGAGAAGCUCUGUAGUUUGUGUGACAGGAAUCUGCUUUCAGUCUCUGUUUAGUCCCUGUGGGACAAAACCACAGUGGUUCUGAAAAGAAAGUUUUCUUGAUCUAACAGCUAUGUCUGCCCUGUGGGAUGCAGGGCUGCAAAUGCUCUUCUGCACUCACACUUCCUUGCACAGCCUGGGUGUAUGUGACACAUGGACUUGCAGCGCCUUCCUCAUGUGGAGCCUAUAGCUACCACAAGGUAUGACUUGGCUUCAGAGGUAAAGCACAAAAGCAAAUGAGGUCUGGUUGUAAUAGAGUUGGGAUGGGCCAUAUUUAGGGUAGAGCUCUAGGGGCUGAUUGCAGGGCAACCUGCUGAGAUGCUCUGGUCUCAGUGCAGUAGUGGUGGGGCAGCUGCUGGUCCUAGCCCAGUAUGUUCACAACAUCUGGCUAAUAAUCCUCCUUGCUUUUUCCCAUUCAUUUUAUUUCUAAACCUAGUCUAAUCUGGGGCAGGUUUGGCUGUUGCCAGAGUUAACAAAAAUUUUAGCUGGUCAUCUGAAUUUGUAACAGCUCUAAACAAGAACAAAUAUCCAAGUGAUUUGUUUUCUGUUGUUGGCUCUUCUCAUGGCAUAUGAAACCACUUGUUCCUGCUCCAGUCCCAUCCCCCACUCCCCAUGUGCAUGUGUACUCUGGAAAAACAGAGACACAGAGUAAGAAGUGUGAAGGGCAGAAAAUCCCAGCCACUGUCCACCUGGCAGUUGAUGCAAGUUAAGACAAAAGACAAUUUAGCCCUGGUGAUUCAGUUUACUUGUGGAGCUGUAGCAACAAAACACAUGUGCAUGUGGAUUAUUAUGAAAUCUAAAAAAAAGCUUAGUUACUGUUUGAUUUUCAGUGGAAUCUGUGCUUGAGGUUUUGUUUUAAUUUUCUUUUUUUGAUCAAAUACUGAAGCCAUAGAUCUGAAGACAGACAGCUCAUCUGUUUGUUUCCUUUCUCUUCUUUACCUUUCCCCCAUUCGGACACAGGCAUCAUAACUAGGUGGUGGGUGAUGUAUAAUUGACCUUUACCUCAUUAAUCAGUUUAAUGAUUCAGAUAUAUAAAACUAAGACUCAGAUGCCAGCCAUUACAAGCAAAAAACCCACUGGCUGCUUUUGGGCCCGGAACCAGACAGUAAUAUGAUGAUGAGUGUAGCAGACAAUUACACCAACAAAGGCAUGAGUUAGCUGCUUUGGUUGAUUAUAAACUAAGGCAGUAACUUCAGUCAUUGUGUUGGAGGCAAAAAUGCUGCAGUCUUAAAGAAAAUACAUGUUUUUUUUUCAAUCACUGAUAUUUUUUAUUAUUUUUUUUUAUUUCUGGCAAACAAAUAAACUCUAUCACAUGAAAUAAUCAUAUCUUUGAGGUUUUGGUUUCCAGCCAAAUCAUUAUCAGCUGAUGCUCAAAUAAAGUAUCUGAAGGAUAAAAACGUUCUAGUGUCAUUUCUCUACUGGUGCUAAAAAACAUUUUUCUCUGAAUUGUUAGGCUAUUCUUAUGACUUUCCAAACCAGACAACAAAAGAAAAGAAACCCAGUACUGGAUUUCAUAAGGAAAUAAAACCCAUUGCUCUUGUAAACUAACAGAAACUGUAAAAUCUGUGAAUCAGAAAUCCUGCUAGUGAGCAUCCCACAGUGCAAAAGAUUUAGGUUGGAAAGCUUUCGUUUGAUGUGGCAUGAAUGUGAUGUUAAGCUGGAGACUGCAUUGUUGGGCUUGUUUGUUUGUUUUUUCAUAAAUCUGCAGAGAAGCAGUUUUGUUCUAUUCCCAUCAUCCAAGUUAUUACUUACAUAUGAGAAAGGAAAGUUGAACCAAUAAGCUUGUGUGACACAGUUAAAAACUGAAGUAAAUUUAAUCAUAUUAUUUCCCAGUGUAAAUUUGUAUAAUGUAAUUCAGGCAAAUAGUUAUUGUAUGUUUGCAUUAACUUCAACUCAGUUUCUGGCUGGGCAUGUCUGAGCAUUGGACCAUCCCUCAUGUUGGUGCUCUAACCUCAGGAUGAGAAGGGCUUUUUGUUCUCUUGCUCUCUCUUUGUGUUCUGGCACUUAGGAUUUGCAAAGAAGAAAAUUCACAUGGAAGGAAAGAAAGCACAGCUACA